CUAAAGAUCGCUUUUUUUUUUAUUAAUACGGUAGGUACCUACGUAGUUGAUACAAUUGUAUGAUAAGUAGGUACACUGAAAAAAAAAUCACGUGUUAGAAGUACGACGCCAUAUUAUAGGUAUAAAUUAUUAUAAGUACCUUUAAAAACGUAUGUUUAUUGUCUUUCACACCGUCAUACCUAUAGGAUGUAUAUCGUAAAUUAUUUAUCGUGUUUAAGCUGUACUAAAGUGAAACCAAUUAGUAGGUAGCUAUAUAAAUAAGUUAUUAGGAAUAAUUACCUAUUUUAUAACUAAAAUAUCAAUUGUAAAUUAAAAUAAUAAUAACAAACAUAGAAAAUCAUAUUAUAAUAUAUUCUUAAAUUAAAUAAACUUACCUAUAGAUAGACUAUAGUUUACCUAUCUCUGUGUAUCCUUUGACUGAAUAUGUGACCAAUAAGGGAGUUAACAAAGAUUAAAUUCAAAUUUUGAAUAGUUUAUACUUUACACUAAAAGGUUAAAAUCAAGCUUUUCUUUUGUGAGAUUGAGUUUUCGUCUGAUAUCGCCACGAUCAGAAUAUAGUUCAACGCAAAUUAGUAAGUACAUAUUUAUUUUUUUUCUAAAUUCACAAAACUUUGAAAACGUUGUCGAUUAUUUGCGUAUUGUGAUUGAAUUCCCUUCUAACAAACUUAUACAUCUCAUAUACUAAUACAUUUUAAAUUUUCAUAAAUAAUAUAUUUUUUUAAUUACACUUUUUAUAUUCUGAGCGUAGAGAGAAAUGUAUAUUGGUUUUACUAUAUGAUGUUCUUAUUUUUUUUUGUCUAAAAAACUUAUCUACCAGAAAUUCUGCUCCAAUUAAAAAUACUAAUUUUUACAUUUUGGAUUUUCUAAGCGCUUUUCUUAAUAAUUGGCCAAAAACGUAGGAAACCGGUAAAUUCACGGAAAGAGUUAGGUUAGCAAUGGUUUAUCUUUACAAGCAGAUAUAAAUUAAAUAAAUUUAUUUAAGUUGCCUAAGUUACCUACUUUUCCAACUUUUUGUCAUUUAUUAAUAAAAUUAAAUAAUUUAUUGACGUUGUUUAUUUUUCAUUUAGGAUACAAAUUACUUAUACAAACUAAAGUGUGUUGGUUAAAAAAAUUUUAGAAUCUGAGUUUGACUAUAAUUGGCACUUUCUCGAAUAACACUUUCUGGGACUGAAAAAAUUAUUAUUCUCCGAAAUCUUUAGUUCAGUGGCUAUGCAAGUGUGACAAACUGAAUACAAAUUGCAAACAUUUCAAACAAUUUUUAAUAUUUUAAACUCUGCUUAUCAUAGCAUUUUUAAAAUACAAUAAUUAUGUGUCAUUGUUUUAUCUUUAAAUAAAUUUGCCUGCUGAUGUGAAGUAGCUAUCUUUUUAUCCAUCUUUCUGUCUUAUCAAUCCGUGGUUAUGGUUAAUAGAAAAUUAUUGAUAUUGUAAUUUUUUUUGUUGCACUGUAUAAUGUCUGUAAUUUAUUGAUUAAAAGAUUAAUUAUUUACAAAUUAAAUACAGUUUAUAUGCAUAUUGAAAACGAGAAUUUAGUACGCUCGUAUAGUGGAAUGUCCUCAUUUGUUUUACAUAUUUAUUAUUUUUCAUAUUUCGUGUACUAAAAUAUAAAAAGUGUUUCCCAUUCUGCACUAUAGGCUGUACAGUGUCUAUGUUUAUGUUUUAGGUACACUAUUUAUAUCUAUGUUUAUAAUAAUUAUAAAUGGCCGUUUAUAAAGUAGUAUUAUAAUUUUACAUUUUGUUUUAUUUUUUCAAGAAUUAAAAAAUAAUUGAAUAAAAAAAAAAAAAAUAUGAAGAAUACGAACAAUGAAGAAUCUAACAAGUCUGUGUUAAAUGACUACGAAGAAUCAAUAAUGUUUGAUGAAGAUGAUCCAGAUUUUAAACCAAAUGAUGAUUUCGAAUUGAGUGGUCACAGUUUAUAUAGAUAUGAUAUGAAUGGUAAGUUUACUUAAAAUAAAUUUACCUAAUUAGUUUUUCUAUUUAAUUUUCACUAGUUGUAUAUAUAUAUAUAUAUAUAUAUAGGUAAACGAAAUUUAAUUAAAAUUGAUUUGUAUACCUAUUAGUAUACUAUAAUAAUAAUCAAAUAUGAAAAUAUUUAAUUUUAAGAUAAUUAACAUUGCACUAAACAUUUUACUACAAGCGAAAUGUAUAUUUAUUUAAUAUUUUAAAAUAUACCAAUUUAUUGUACGUCUUCAAAUAGGUAAAUAAUCGUAUAAUAAUGUUUUUGACUCUUGUAUAGGCGAAAAUUUGGUGAAAUUACUGGGGGGGGGGGCUGAAAAAUUUAACCAUAGUUAAGUACAAAAACAAUUUGGUGUCUUAUCUUAAACAUUUUUAAAGUAUUCUAAACAGUAAUUAUUAGGUAAUAAAUUAAUUGAAUUAUAACCAAUUUAAUAUCUGUUCAAACAAAAAAUGCUAAUUAUAUAAAACAUAAUAAAUAUAAUAUUUUUUUAUAAUACAUUUUAAUUUAGCAGUUAUUUAAAAUGCAUUUUACAAUUAUAACAACUAUUGUAUAUUUACGCCCUUUAUAAUUUUGAGGAUCAAGGGGGCUCUGACCUGCUCUUUAAACUUCUGGGGGGCUUAGUCCAUUCAAGCACCCUCGUCCGUUUUCCACCUAUGACACUCUUGAUUGGUGAUAAAUUAAUAAUUUAUAAUUGGAUUAAUGUUCUAACUAUGAUAUUUCAUAAAUUAAUUUAACAACUAAAAGUAGAUAUUGUGUAUGACACUUUUGAGUUUUGAGUGUAGGCACGAUUAAACUAUACAAAGCUCUAUUCCUUCUUUUUCGGCAUUAUUCCACUUAUGGAAAGUCAGCUAUUUUUAUUCUCGCUUAAUUAUCUCAUAUUUUGCAAAACUAAUAAUUACCUAUUAUGACUUAUCUAUUACCUACAUGAUUAAUAUUUUAUUAAUUGUUUAUCAUUUAUCUACUAUCGAGUAAAAUGUUAUAAUAGAUUAAAUUAGUAUUUAUUUUUAAUAUCUGUCAUCUGUGCAUAAAUUAUUUAUAGGUAUUAUAAUCAAUAGGUGCCUAUGAGGCAGGUAAUAAAAUUCGAUAUUGCUAAUUUAAAAGAGGUUCUGUAUUUUAAAUUAUAAGGUUCUUCGAAAGAUUAAAAUCAAGGUAACCUUCAGAUGGUUUAAAACUGCAAUUCUGAUAGGUAAAACUGAUAUCGAAUUGAAAUAAAAAAUAAAUAAAAGAAUUCUUUUAUAAAUAUAGAUCUCAAAAGAAAGGUCAAUCACUUUCAACCUAUAUAAAUAAAAUAAUAUUAUUCUAAAUUAAAAAUAACAUCAAAGAAAUAGUAAUAAUAAUUAUAAAUGUUAAAAACUAACGUUUUUAUAAAACUAUAAUUUAUUUGUCAUCAUACUUUGAUUUAAUUUUUUUUUUUAACAAUUGUGUAUUUAAAAACAUUAUAUGUAUACGUGAUCAGUAGAUAAAUAAAGUGUGGAAUGUUUUAUUUAUUAUUUAUGUAAGUAUUUUUUUAUUUUAAUGUUAUAAUAUUAUGAUUUAUAAUUUAUGAUAUUUAAAAUAUUUUUGUGUUUGGUGUUUUAUACUUAGUGGUCCUAUAUUCAUUACUAAGGACCAAAAAAGCACAUUUAAUGGAAACAAGCAAAAUAAAGUAUACUUUAUUGCAAUCAUAAUAAAUCAAAACGUAUUAAUACGAUAUUGGCUUAUACCGAUGUUUACCAUUAAUUAAAAUGUCUAUAUUAAUAUAGAAUAAUGAAGCAACAAUCUAACUUAACCAAAUAAAUUAAAAUGUUCAGAAAGGACUUAGCAUAUUUUUAAAAUUAAUUAUUACCUAAUUGUAAAAAUUAAUUACAAAUGUAUUAGGAUUCUAGAACAUUUUUGAAGUUCUCCAAGUUUGGAAAUUUGUUGACUCCCAAUUAUUUUUUUAAAAAUUGAGCUCAAUAAUAUUUUUAAAUUAUAUAAUAAUAUAAUAUUAUUAUAAUAUAUUAUAUUAUAUUAUAAUAUUUUCAAAGCAUUCUAGCUAUGUUAAAGGUAUUUGAUAUUUUCGUGUUUUUUUAUAUAUUUUUAUUUGGUAGGUAUCUGCUAUUAAAAAUUAUAUGACUUCAGAGAAAUACUUGAAAACACAGGGUGCAUUAUUAGUCGUACUUAGUGAUAUAAAAAACAAAUUUGAGUUUAAUGCACUAGUUUUUUUUUUCCAUAAGUGUUUUAAGAUCAAAUUUUGACGAAAAUCGUAAAAAUGGUGGAAUUUAAAAAUAUGUCUUACCGAACUUUGCUCCGAAUAGUUUUUCAUUAGCAAUGGUUUAUCGUUGUGUACAGAUAUAAAUUAAAUAACUUUAUUUAUCCUAUCUUCCUAACUUCCUAUCUACAUCAGUGGCUGAACCAGUCUCCAGUAUUAGAUUUUUUUUUAACUUUACGAUUAUAUGGCUGAUCAGAAACCUGAUAAGACACCUUGGAAUUUCUUGAGCAACUUCAUUAAAAUCAAUGGAAAAAAUAUUAGAGUUAUAUUAUGCAUGAGAUGACAUAGGGAUGGACGGACAGACUUAACGAAAGUAUAAUUACAUUUUUUCCACUUUGGGCUCUAAAAAAUGACAAAUUUAUUAUACGUAAUCGUAUUAAUCUUUCAAUUCACUAAUUUUCUUUAUUACCGAUAUAAUAGGAUAAUUUUACCUUCCGAUAAUUUGGUCCUAGAAAAUAUAACCUCCAGUAAGAGUUUCCUAGGAAAAUCUUACCCUCCCUGUUAGAUUGUUUGGGGUGUAAGAUAAUACUUGACAAUCUUACCCCUCCCCUCUAACAAUUAUACAUUCAAAAUUGAUAGACUUACAAACAUAAUUAACAUAAUAUGAUGAUGUAAAUAGUUACAUCGUGUCUGACAGGUGUACAUAAUUGGAUUAGAGCACAUUUAUAACCUAUUUCUCACCGUGGAUAGACUACCGUUGUAAAUAGGCAUUGAGAAAAUUUAUAAAUUAAGGUGCUCUAUGAUGAAAUAGGAAGGUUAAAAUUGAAAAUCGUCCAUACUGGACUUUACGUAGUAUUUUUUCUUUACAUAAUUAUUCGAUUAAAAAAAUAAUUAUAUUUAACAAAACUACAAAAUAGUAAGCACGUAUUUACAUGUUAUAUUUUACUGCUAUUGCUUUUACUAUUGCUGGUUAUGAUUAACUAUUUAUGUCUAUACUUAUACGAGUACAACCAAGGCUUUUUCUUUUAUACCAGGGGUGUCGAACCCGUGGCCCAUGGUAGAUUUUAAUGCUAUCUUUAUUUCAAUUUUAAAUCCGUUAAUUAAUAGUGUAUAUAACAUUAUAAGAAAAAAUUUGUUUUAAGAAUAUAAACUAUAAAAUAUCAGAAAUUAGAUUUUAAAUUAAUUUAAUAGUAUAUAAAAGUGUUAUCUUUUUCGUAAUUCGAUAGUGAUAGUACGGGUGCAUAAGCCGAUUUCGAGAUAAUAUUUUAUUAUUAUAUUAUUGGAGAUAUUUUGUUCUUCAAAUAUGAAUUUGAAAACCGUUUUCAAGAUUUUUGUAAGAAUAGUCAAUUCUUUAUUAUUUUCGCUACAUUAUUUUCAGUUGAUAUUAAUAUUCCGGAAACUAAAUUUUAAAUGGAAUGUAUUGUAUUAUAAUUCUACUUAAAAAAUAUUAAAUCAAUCGUUUUAAUUUUAUUCUAUUUUAGGUUUGGAGCGUAGCGGGUCGUAGAGAUCUAUUGGUUUUACUAUGAUGUGUGUUUUAUUUAUUUAUUUUUUUCUGUCUGUGAACAACUUUUCUACCAGAAAACUAGUUCCGAAGUAUAGACUGUAGUACCUUUUCCGAAAUGUAAUUUUCUCUCAUUAGUGCAUUGGAGACGUCAUUUAUUGAUUUUCCUACGGGUUUUCGAAAAAAUUGGGAAUAACCCGAAAGAAAACUAUAGAUAAAACAGAAAAUAUUUACGGAGCAACGCGGCGUUAUCGUUGUCAUUGUUUUUAUCAUGUUUUUAUCAUUGUUUUUUCUACUUAUGUUUUUUAUCAGAAAGAUUACUCUAAUAAAUAAACGACAAGAGACCUUUUUUGUUGAAUUUUUAAUCUAGUUGAUGAUAAAGAAAGUUAUUUUUUGAUUUUUUUUAUAAUUUUUUAACAAUUAAAUACGUAGAAAGAACGGGGAAAUUUACGAAAAUAGUUAUUUUAUUUUAUUAUUUCCAUUUUUUUUUUUUUUUUAUUGUAAUUCAGUUUAAAGUAUCCGUAGACAUAUAAUGUUGACAGAAAAUGUAUAUUUACUUUUUCUUGACUUGGUAAAACUUUCAUAACAUUUGAGCAAGUUUUGAAAUGUUAAUAAGCAUUUUAAUUUGCGAUUUUUUUUUACGUAAUUUUGAUUUGGUAGGAACUCUGUAGAUAAAUUAUCCGACUUAACAGAAAUGCUUGAAAAUUUGAUAAAAUUAAAUAUAAAAUAAUUAUAUUAGUUUAAAUUAUUAUUUAAGAUUUAAUUAUUCGUUCAAUUAAUUUAAACCUACAAGGUUAGUUUAACUUUAGAGUAAAUAUUUGAUUAUUAUAUAUCCAAUUUUGAAGAAAAUUUAAAAACCAUUACCGUGCUAAGUGGGUUAUAUAUUUUGCAAUUCCUACCUACAACAGUGGCCUAUACUCAUGUUCCGAAACAGGUUAUAAAUGUAUUGAGAUUUGAUUUCCACGCAUUUUAUGAUUUUCAGCUCUAUUUCAUCGGGUAAUACCUUAAUUUAUAUAUUUCCUAAAUGCCUAAUUACCACUUUUAAAAAAAGUAGCAUAUCCAUGAUGCGAAAUAGGUUAUAAAUGUGUUAUAAUCUAAUUAAUUUAUUAAUUGCCCCUACUGUGCAAGUUUCAGCUCUUUAUAUCAUCAUUCUUUGUUAAUUAUGUUUGUAAGUCUAUCAAUACUAUUGUUAGGUUAAUCCAAUAGGGACAUCCAUAGGAAAUUCUUAUUAGGGAAAUCAUUUUCCUAGGAUAAUAUUACCGAGAUAUUACAUUCUCUUAGUAUGACCUUCCACUCUCCCUCCUAACAUUAUCCGGGAGUAUAAUUAUCUUAGUACACCAGCCCCCAUCAUUAAUGCUAUAUCAAUAAGCAGUAGAAAAAAAAAUAGCUUUUUUCUCCAUUAUUGUUAAACCUACUAUUCAACUAUUAUAACACUAAGAAUACCAAGAUAUUACAUAGAAUUACCUAUGUUAAAAAUUGAGUUCAGACAAUAAAAAAAUUGUCACCGCUAAAUAAUUUUUAUUUAAACUUCUAUACAUUAUAAAAUAUAGACGAAUAGAAGUAUCUACUCAUAUAGUACCUAUAAUAGUAUUAUAGAUUCAUGAGUAUAAUAUUUAUAUUUUAUUAAAUAGUAUAUUUAAAUAUUAAAAUUAUUAUCUCUAAUAUUAGGUAAUCUCCGCAGAAAUUUCGCGAGGUUUCUAUUGAAAUCUGAAUAAAACGCUCAUGCUGUAAUAGGUGUGAUAAAACUACAUAAGCCACUGACCUUGACAGUGAAUCGAACACUGAACAGUGACCAUCAGUUAUGUAAAUAAAUAAAAAAUAAUAUUCAUUAAAAUAAAUUGAAACGAAUAAUAUCGUAUGAAAUUCCGUGAAUUUCAUUGCGACGUAAUAAAUAGUUUAAUAAACUUGAUUUAGACGACGUGAUUACACUAAACCUUAAAGGGCAAUAUUUUUUUUAAAUAAUUUUUAAGUACUAAUACUAUGUUGUUCUAAACUGAAUAAAAUCAGGUCAACGACCUUUCUUUUAGUGUUUAGGUUUUCAGUGGUGUAAUAAUGAUACAUACAUAUUAUUUAUUUAUAUUUGUAUUUCACUUUAUCUAAUUACAUAAAUUGUGUGUACAAACGCAGAAAAAAAUAGAUUGGUAAUUUCUUUUUGUCUAGGAAAAACAUGUACCGCAUUAACUUUGAUUAGGACACGAGAAAUCGUGAAUGUCCCGCUAAUUUGAUACAGUUGGAAAUUCUGAGUAUACACUAAGGAGAGGGGGCAAAAAUAAGGUCCUUUUUAGUUAUGAUUAUUUAAUUUUAGUAGUGACAUCAUUUUUUUUACUGUUAUCUAAGACUUAUAAUAAUACAUGCAUUAAAAAAAAAAAUCAGAUCACAGAAAUAUUUUCAUUUUUAUAGUUGUAUAAUGAUAUCAGUGGCGGAUUAAGCGAUUUACCACAUUUAAAAAAAAAAGAAAGAAAGAAAGAAAUAUAUUAUUAAUUAAAUUAUUAUUUAUUAUUUUAAAAUAUAUAAAAGCAGGCAUGUAUAAAACAUGUUUGGAAUAAAUAUUAAUUAAUACAAAAAUGAAGGCAAUAAACUGUUCACGUUUUAAAUUAUAGUUUAUUGAUAUUGUUACUUUGAAAAUACCUUGACAUAUUUUUAUAUAUUAUGCAAAGCAAACAAUUAUUAUAUAAUAUUUUUACUUAUUGGAAGAAAUAUUUUGAUAAAACCUCAAAUGCAACAUUAAACUAAAUUUUGGAAACUCAUUAGAAUGAUUCAAAUGUGUAGCCAACUUACCUAUUUUGGACAUGGGUACAAUAUUUUCUGUUUUAUUUUCGUUCAGUGUUUCUCAGCAACGUAAAAGAUGAAUAAGUGCAUUUGGUUAAUUGUUGGUAUUUUAAAUUAUUUUUCAAAAAAAAGUAUAUAAAAUCAUCGGUGUAAGAUAUCGAAAAAAACUUAUUGUUUUUUUUGUAUUUUUUUUUUCUUAGGUAAACCUAACGGUGAUAUACAUAUUUUAAUACAUUCAGGGGAGGGAGGUGAAUUAGGGGUUAUAUAACUUUCAAGGGCUUACAAAUACAUCAACUAUGAGUAUUUAUUUAUUAAUUUGAUCUUGAAAUUAUAUAUGUCUUUCAGCCAAAAUACAAGGGGAAAAGUUUGAUUUAUUGAAUUAAAAUUAGCUUUUUUUAUUGGGUUAGGUAUAACAGAAAAAGAUUUUACGAUUUAUUCACGAAUCGUUAAUAUUAUUCAUAGACAUAGCAUACACUCUCAUUUAAUGUUUCUGGACACAUUACUGUGCAUUACCUACCUACUAUAUAUCUUUAGUAUAUAGGUGUCUAUAGGUAGUAGAUACUUUAUGGAAUGAAAUAUAUUUAUGUUAUACUUGUGAAAAAUAAACGAACGAUGUACAAAUUAUCUCGGUAUAAUAGUUCCACUAAAUGUAAUGUAUUUGUUCGUCAAAGAAGUAAAUUUCAAUGAGUUGUAUAAAUGUAUAUUAAUCCAUUUUAAAUUGAUUAUAUAAUUCUAAAUUCGUCGUAUGAAGUAUAUUUUAUGACCAUACUUUAUCAGUAGGUAGGUACUAGGUAGGUCUACCUACAUACAUACAUUAUGCAUUUGUAGCACAUUUUAUUGUUAUUUUUUAUUUUCUAAUUUUUUAAAUUCACUAUUAAUAAAUGGUAAUCUGUUCACGUGUAAUAUCACGUGAAUAAUUAAAAUAUAUUUAGGAACCUAUUUAAAAUACUUAAUCAACGGUAUAAGGUGUAUUGUAAUAUGUUAUAUUAUAUACCUACUGUAUUCUAAUUUCUUAAUAUUGCAUAUUUACUUACAUUUGAUUAUAAAGUUUAAAAAUUUAUUAUUAUAUAACUAAGGUUUACCUAAGCAAUAAUAAUAUCAUUAUAUAUGUUUAAUAUUGUUAUUUUAUUUAAUUAUAUUAUUAUUACAUACAAAUCAUAGCAAUUAAAAUUAACGAAAGUUGAAAUAAUUAGAUAUCUUCAUACCUAUUUAUUAAAAGUUGUCAGUAAAUUCCCGUUGUAAUAAUACAUUUAAAAUAAAUUUUGAACAGAUAAAUAGCUAAUAAAAAAAAAACCUAGGUAAUAUAGGUACUUAAUAAUUACUAUAUAGGUAGGUAGGAAUAUGUUUAUUUUCAAUAUUAGAUUAUUAAUAAUAUUAUUAUAUAAGACUGUAUUUUAAAUAUGUAAUAUAAUCUUUAUAAUGUAUAUUAUAUAGGUAAUUAAAAAAAAAAAAAAAAAAAAUGAAAAAGGAGUAGAGACACUGUAAAAUUAAAUUAUUUACAACACUGUCUAAUAUAUCUACGCAACAUACAUAUUAUAAUUAAACACAAAAAAAAUAUUAUAACAUACUACAUUAUUUCAGUGUUAGUCACAAAUUAUAGUACACCGUACUGUGGUAUUAUAUUUAAUUACCUAAUUAUUUAAGAAACAUUAGUUUUGAAAUUCUAAAAUUUUAUUUUAGGUUAAGAGUUUUUCAAUAUUAAAAAAACGCCACACACGCAAUCUUAUUUACGGCAAUAUAGCAAAAAUUACGUUACCUAUACUUGGAACGUAAAUAUUAUAGUCGUUUAAGUUAAAAUAAUAGUAUGAACAUAAAUAUCAAAAUUUAAAACUGAGAAAAAUGUCGAGACCUAUAUAUAUAGAUUUUGUCUAAAAGUUGGUCUUAUAAAAAGUUUAAACCUAUACAUUUUUUUUAUGGAUUUAAAUUUGAUAUUUGUAUCAUAUUUGUUCAUAUUCUAAUUUCUACCUAAAUAACACAAUUUACGGUUUAAAUAACGUGACUUUUCUAUGUUGUUCAUGAGUUAGACUAAUACAGUAGAUGCGAGUAUGACAUCCUUGUGAGUGUUUUUAAAAACUUAUAUAACUACCUACUAUAUAUUAUAAUAAAACUAUUUAGGUGUAUUAUAAUAUUACUAUAAUAUAUCUACAGGGUGAUUCACUAAACGUGCUCGCCUCAUUUGUUUGGUUAAAUUUUGCAUAUAUUCAAAUUCUGAUUUCUGGAAUUUUUAAAUGUCGUCAAAGUCAAUAUUUUCAAAUACUUAGAUUUUUCAUAAAAUUUAAGGAUUAUCCUGUGGUGAUAUCAACUUUGGUUACAAAAUGCCGCGCGCCGUGCCAGCAAUACAAAUGAUACUCCGCUAUAUACUAGCUCCCCCUCUACCUAAAUUUAAAAGUGAAAUAUCUCGUCAACAUGUUGACGGAAAUCAAAAAUUUUAAAACCGACAUUUAUUUAAAGUAAUACUCCAUCUAUUUAUAGAAUUUUUAUUAUAGGUUUCCCUUAAAAAAACCAAAGUUAUUGGUAUUACAAUAGGAUACUUCUUAAAUGUUGUGAAAAUUUAAGUAUUUGAAAAUAUCGACUUUGACUUAUUAAUAUGACUUAUCAAAUAUAAAUUAAAUUACCCUAUGACUUAUAUUAUAUUCAAUCUUCUCAAUUUCUCACCUACAAAAAUGAUCUACCUAUGACACAUAAGUAGUUCCUAUUCUGUAUGAAGUGUAGCGAUGAUAUUAUACAAAACACCCGCAUCUGGCAGCAAUGUCUUUUUGUAAGAGCAUCACAUUUUUUUGUAAAAAGGACAAACGGACCAAAUUUUAUACUGAAUAGUAUUAAUAUUUGUUCGAUAUAAUACAUAAUUAUAUUUCUAAAUUAAUUAAUUAUUCUAAAUUAUAUUUCUUUUAAUUAUAGGUAGAAUGUGAAUUUAAAAUAUUAACAAUGAACGUUUUUAAAAAUAUAAAUAAUUGUUUCCUAAUUGAGAUAUCCUAUAGACAGAUUGCCUAAGUAUACAAAUAUAAUUUUGUAUAACAAUGUGUAUGUGAUUAUUUGUAGAAUAACAGAUGGAAAAUUUAAAAUUUAAAAUUAUUAAUAAUUUGAUAGGUUUUUUUUUUGUUAACCUUUGCCUUUUUUAUAUUUUACACGUUGUAUUUUGUUUUUUUUUUUUCUAAUUUUUAAUACUUCUGUCCUACACCAAUACCGAUAAUAAUUACCUAUACCGUUCUAAAAAUAUACGUAUUUAUGCAAUCUUAAUCUAUUGCACAUUAAUAAAGUAAUCGUUAUACUUUCUUACUUUGUAGAUGAUUGCAAAAUUUAAACACUUUUAUAUUUAAUUACUUAAUACUAUAAAUCUCAGAAUUGUGUGAACAAUUCAAACAUUUACCUAUCUAAAAAUUGAUUAAUCUAUAGAUAUAUGUACUUAAAUGAUUACUUGGUAUAGUACUAUUAUAGUAUAUAUGUUAUAAAAUAUAAUAGGUAUUAUAGAUUGAGGUGCGAGUUUUACAGUGUACUCUUCUUUGCCACCAUUAUAGAUAAUACAAUAUAUUAUACAUUGUUUAUAAUACAUGCAUUGUGUUUUAAUGACAAAAUAAAUAUGUUCGCUGAUGUUUUAUUUGUUCACUGCACAUCGUGACAAUAAUAGUCCUACAGUCAUAUUGCACGAGUAUUAUGUAUCUAUUUUAAGCUAGUUUUUUUUUUUUUGUAGGACAUUAUAUGCAUAGGUAAAUUAAUAUUAUGUAAUAAUAUUGAGAAUAUAAUAAUGGACAAAGUAAAUACUUACGAAACGGUAGUUAUGAUAAACGAGCGUGUUAUCCACCGCACACAAUAUUCUUUAUACGAGUAGUGCAGUCGCGAUGGUCGUAUCAACGACAAAUCUAAAUACUGACUUAUAAUUGUAUAUUAUUUUUGUGCUUACCAGUUGCGGAAUUUCAACAUUUUUCUGGGAAGGGUCCUGAAAAAUCAUCUAUUUAAAAGGUAUCUAUCAAUAGAUGUCUCUUUUUUGUAAAUUCUAUUGAAAUUUGAUUGGUGUCUGGGGGGGUCUAGACCCUCUGGAUCCUCCCCCUCCCAUAAAUCCGCACUGGUACUUACUACUAUAAACGAGUGACACCUACAUAAUAAUAAUAAUUAUUGUUAUUAUUAUCAUUAUUAGGAUGUUUUUGUACACGACUUGUAAUGCCACUAAUAGGGGUCCUGAGGUUAAUUAUUUUUCAUUCAAUAAUCACGUUUUAUAUACUUACAUUACUAAGUCUGAAUAGUCGGUUGACAUAAACAUAAUGUACAGAGAGAUUAUUUUAUUAUGUAAUAGAAAUUUUGUCGUUGGAUUUUAAAGUGAAUUUGAUUUUUGUUUUAUUUAAUUAUGGUCUAUGGAACUGUGUAAGUUUUAUUUUAACAUUAUUUUUAAUUUGCAUCUCUAUUCCUUAUAUCUGAAAUAAGUAUCCACUUUGAGUUUUUAAAUAACAGCCCCAUUACAAUCACAGGUUCAAAUAGAGAAUACCUUCUUUUCUAGUAAUUUGAAUAUGCAUUACACUAAUACAAGAUUUACCAUUUAUAAGUUAAAACUUUUCUACCAGAAAUUUUGCUCUGAUUUUUAAGUGCAGUACAUUUUCUGAAAGAAAAUUUUAUCUGGUUUGUUCUUUGAAGAGAUUAGGUUUUACAUAAUAAAUAGGAAAACCCGAGGAAAAAAGAGAAAUUUAACAACAUUUUUUCAUUUUUGUUUUUUUUUUUUUAAAUUCAGUCAAAAAUAUUCCCAGACUUGAAAUUUGGACAGAACGGUUGUAUUUAAUUUUUCUAAAUUUUUCAAAACAUUUUAACAUUUUAAUUUUGUGAGUUUUUUUACGUCAUUUUUAUACGGUAGUUACUCUGUGGAUAAAACUAUUAGAGCAAACAGCAAUACUUGACAACUCAACAGAACAGUCGUUGUAAGCCCUUAAAUCGUACUAUGUGGUCAAAAAAAAAUUUGAGUAUAAUGUAGAAUUUUUUUUUAUAAAAAUGUUAAUAUCAUAUUUUGACGAAAAUUGUAAAUUGUACAGCCUUCCAAAACAUGUAUAACCGAAUUUAAAGUAUAGUAGAGUAUAUUACCUUUUCUAAAAGGAAAUUUUGUCUAGUUGGAGUAAUAAAAAAGUUAUUUUUUGAUUCUCUAAGGAGUUUUUGAAAUAAUUAGCAUAAACCUGUAAGAAAAUUUUAGGUAAAAUAUCAAAUAUUUAUGGGCCUUACCGUUUUCAUUGGUUUUAUUAUGUUAACAUAAUGUUUUAUACAAGAAAUAUUGCUCCAAUCCAAAAAGAACAAGAGAUCGAUUUUUUUUCUUAUAAUAUUUUGCACUGACAAAAGUAAGUCAUUUUUCGAUAACUAAAAUAGUUUACAUUAUAUUUGGGAAAAAUCAAAAAAUACGUAAAUUACGAUUUUAAUCAAAUUACUAUACGAUUUCGUUAUUUUAAUUUUUUACGGAUUAUGUUUUUACCAUAGAUUGAUCCAAUAGAAAAACGACAAAAGACCAUUUUUAUUGCACUUUCAAUCUAAUUUGUGAGUAGGUAAAUAAUUCGUUUUUUAAAUUCCUAGUAGUUUUUGUAAUAAUUGAGCUUCGUUCCGAUUCAUUUUUCGUUAGCAAUAGUUUAUCGUUGGUUAUAGAUAUAGUUAACUUUAUGUAUCCCACCAUUCCAAUUACUCAUCUACAAUAGUGGCCGCACCCGUCCCCAGUAUUAGCUUUUUUUCUCUCUCUGUAAACAAUUUUCCGAAAAGAAAUCUUGCUCCGGUAUAUACGCAGUACUUUUCUGACAUUGUAUUAUUUAUGUACAAUCUAUUCAAAAUUAUCCAUUCAGUCAGUAUAGAUACUUAUAAAAUAUAUACAGAUAUAUAACAUAAUAUUUUAUAAAAUAUAGAUUUUUCGUAUGCCAUUAUUAGAAGGGGUCAAUAGGUGUAUGCAUAGUGCAUACUCAUUAUGGAUUGAACUUUAAACUUCAAAGUAUUAUGAUUAUCGUAUUCAAACGAUUAUUAAGUACAAUAAAUAGUUCUACUUAGUUCAUAAUUCAUAUUGUCAAGUUUUUGUAUUUCUGUUUGAAAAUAUAUUUCGUUCAAUAAAAUGUAAACGCUUAAUUUUAAUAAAUCAUUAAAAUAAACAAUAAUAUUAGGUACCUAUAGUACCUAAUUAAUAUUAAUCAUCAAUUUAUCGUAGUUAAAUGUGAUGGUAACACAAAAUUGAUGAAUUUUAAUUGAUCAAUUACGCAUUAACAUUUAUGCAUAUAAAUUUUAUUUAUAUAUGAGUAGAUUAUGUAUAACCUUGUGUUAAUUUUUCAAAUAUUUUGGCUGAGCCAAAUCAAACAAAAACAUAUUCGUAUUAAAAUAUAAAAAAACUAUUGUUUAUAAUUUUUGUAAAAUUAAUCCAAAAUGAUUAAAGAAUAAAAAUUAUUAUUUACUAUAAAUAAAAAGUUGUUCUAUAUUUUGAUAAUUUUGAUUAUUAUUACAAUGUAAAGUAUUUAAACUUAAAUCCAAAGACCAAGAGAGUCGUUUUUUGAUUUUUUUAUUUUUAAACAACCCACAGCUAAUAAAAUUUCCACGAAUUAUCGGCUCCUAUACAUGUUCUACUUAUACGGACAUCAGGCAGUCAAAUGGAGGGGAGAUAUAUCUCCGGAUACUUAUACAUCGGUAUAGGUAACUGUUCAAAUAUAUGGAUGUACAAAAGACAUUAGAAUUAAAUUAUUCGAUAAAUUUUAAUUUAAUAAUUAUAGAAUAAUAUAUUAAUAAAAUGUAUAAUAUAAAUAUAUUACCUAUAUUAUUCCGUUAUAACCUAACCUAACCUAACCUAACCUCCACUGAAACUAAUAGAAUGUUCAUUGUACAAUAGGUUAGGCUAACCUAUACCCAGCUAAAUUUCAGAUCGAUCGCGGUCAAAUUGUUCAUUAUAUAUAUUAUAUAGGUAUCGUUUGAAUAUUCAUUCUGUUAUAAGUAUACUUUCAAGAAAAUGAAAGUGAAACAAAAUGUCUAAUAAUUAUAAUAAUUAUUCGUUACAUUUGGUCUUUAAGAGGGGAUCGAGCGAUCACAACAUGGAAAAACACAUUGCGUCAAUAUAUUUUUUUUAUAAACAUAAUAAUAACAAGCUAAAUACGAGUUAUGACACAUUUUCAUGUGUCAUAACCUAAACGUACAGUAUAAUAAUAGGUAUAUAACGUAAAUAAAUUUAACAAACAAAUUUAUCCUCUAUGAUGUGUUGUGUGGACGUGUGGUAUUGAGACAGCGUAAUAUAUCUUGCGACGAGGUCCAUGUCUUUGUGAUGAAUGAUGAUAUUAUAUACAUAUAAAAAAAUGAAGUUUUUGUACAGUGGUAAGUGUAGACUGCAGUUAUAGACAGGUGUUUCCACUUACAUAUAAGAUAUAAGGAGGUGUCCUGUAUAGAAAUUCCACUGUAAUUAUCCCCAUUUCAAUGCUAAAUUAAUACUUUUGAAUUUUGAUUGACAAAACUAUAACUUUAAUUGGGGCAAUUGGAAACGAAAUUUUGCAAGUUCUAAAAUAAUUAUGAGUAACUAUAAUACUACCUAUAUAUAUAAUAUCAUUUUAUUCGUCUUGUGUUUUCUGUACUUUAGAAUGACCUACACAUAAUAUACUUAUAUUAAUUGUAAAAUUUCGACAAUUCAACCAUUAAUAUACUAUCUAUUUUACAUAAAUAAUUUGAUUUUCAUUUGACCCGUCAAAAUAAUUAUGAUGUCAACUAUUGGGACAAAUGGAAAUAUAAUUUUGUUUUACUUAUUAUAGGCUUGAAAUAAAUGAAAAUAAAUUGUAAAGAUUGUAAAGAAUAAUAAGAGUGAUUUAAAAUAAAAACUUUUCAAAAAGCAACGUCAAAAUAUCAAUUUAACCCUAGUUAGUAGGUGAACCAUUUUAAUAUUUCCAAUCAUUGUUUUCUAGAAAUAUUGACAGACUAAAAAUGAAUGAUGAUAGUAAAAAAAAUGUACUUAUAAUUCUCGAGUUACAUAAUUUAUCCAGAUACCGUACUACCGUAAAGUCGAAUUAAUUUAUUUUAUUUAUACAUUUGUAAACGGCUGGUGUAAAAAUUACAGAAUAAUAAUUAUUGAUUAACAAUAAUAACAACAUAUUUUCAUGUUAUAUAGAUAAAAAAGUACCUAGGUAACCUACGUGAACGAUAUCUCUUUAUUUGAUUUUUAGCUAAAAGGAAUGGAUUAAAAAAAAAAAAACCAAUCAUUAUAGUAUGUGUACACGCGAGUAAAUUCCCUAAUAUUUACACCGUUGAUUAUAGUAACCCUGGAUAAGUAUUAAGUACGCAUUACACCGAGAUAGAAUUAUUGGACCACUUAAGGGGAUUGGAAGCGGUGAUUUUCUAACUUUGACUUACACAAGUGUAACAUAGAAAUUCGUGUUCUAUUUCCAACUUACUAAUUGAUCUAGUGAAGCAAUAUGAAUUCUGAGAACAGAUUUUAAUUUUUCUUCAAGUUUACUUGAAAUCAAUUUUCCCCACUUUUUGAUUUUAAUUUUUUCAAAAACUAAAAUAUUGUAUAUUUUAAUUACUCUUUGUAUAGUAUUUUUUUUUUUUUAGAAUUUGGAGGGAUAAAAUCAAAAAAGUGGGAAAAUCGAUUUCAAGUAGACUUGACGGCAGUGGUGGCUCGUGGCUUGGACGUCAGGACAAUGACACCUCAUGCGUAAAAAGGAAAGGGCGAAUUACAAUAUUAUUUUAAAUUUAUAAAUAUUGUUUGGUUGGUCUUCAUUAAAAUUAGAAAAUAUUGUACGUAUCAUCAUGUACGGCAACGCGUCCAUAGUGUAAGGGAGUAUAGGUACCAACAGGAAUCCAAUUACACAUAUAAUAACUAAUAACUUAUAUUAAGGCACUUGAUUAAGUGCAUGAGGAUAAAUUAAAACCGUGAUCGUAUGCAAGCACAAUAAUAAAAUAAUAAUAACGGAUUAACGUUACCCCAGUCAACCCUCUCUCCAUAUACAAAUGGAUUUUUCUCGUUGAACGAGUUGCGUUCAAAUUCCGAAAAUGAUCGUACAAACUCAUACUGAUUACGUAUUUACAGUGAAAAAUCGAGUAUUUUUAGAAGUGGGGGGCUGGUGUAAUGCAUGCAUAAAAAUUUUGUUUAGUAUUAUACGUGUAUGUGUGUUGUUAUACUUUUAUAAUUAAACUAAGGAUAUUUUCAAAUUAUCGCAGUCCUUUCAUUAGCGCCCUGGAGCUGCCACUGUUAACUAAAAAUUCAAAUCUGUUUUCAGAAUUAUUGUCGCUUCACUAGACCAAUCGGUACGGUGAAAAUAGAAUACGUCUAAAUUCCUAUUUUGCACGUGUGUAAGACAAAGACGGAAAAUCAACGUUUACAAUCCCCUUAACUCAAUUAUCUCUAGCUAUUAUUGGUUUGACAAUAUUUUAUCAAUCGACUAUCGAAUGGAUUUUUAAUGUCCAUAUUAAACCGUCUUGUAUAUUUGAAUGGCCUAAUAUUAGUAACGGCCUAGUACGUACGAGUGUAUGAUAAUAGGUUUUUAACUAAUUUCUAUUUAAAAUGUUCGUACCAACGUGUAUUAUUAUUAGGUAAAUAAAAAAAAUGAAAGUAUAAUUCGACUGUCAAAAAUAUAAAAAUUAAACGACCAUCAGGGUCGGCGUUAGGGUAGGGAGGGCAUGACCUCGCGCUUUCAGAGGCUUUACGCUUGUGACCCCAUCAAAAAAAAAAAAUAAUAAAUAGUAUAAUUAUAAUGGACGUAAAAUUGGAAAAAUAUUUUUUUAAAUUAAUGUAACGAUGUUUUUGGGAAAAAUACAUACACGUACACGCGCGUUGUCUUAGCAAACAGUAUUUCCGGCCAUGGGCAAGUGUUGGGUAUUAUUACAUUUAUUAGGUGAGAGAAGUGAUACGCUAAAACAAAAAAGUCUAGCAAAAAUAUAAAUUUAUCCAGGGCCUCGCGAAUCGUAACGCCGGCCCUGGUAUUACUAGUAUUACAAAAAAAAUUAAGAUAGCGACAUUUAAAAAAAAAAAAACCAACGAAAAAAAAUAACAAUUGAUAACUGUUUAAACCAUAAAAAAAAAAAAAAAAAAACAUUUUUUAUUUUAAACCUUUUUAUUGCAACCCAAGGUAUUUCGAUCUAUUAUACCCAGUGUUAUUCUUUCGGUAGGUACAUUAUGAAAAUUCCGAUUCGGACAUGAAUACAUGUUUAACAAAUAAUAUCUACACGUACAGUGUAAACCUGUGUUCAAAUUUGGCUCGGAAUAUAGUUGCCUGAAUAAUAUUCGCAUGGUGUUUAUGCGACGGCAACAGAAUUUGUUCGGAAUAAUUACUACGCGAUUAUCGACUCGAAGGCGGCGGCGGCGGCGACAUGGGUACCCACCAACCGGUACCCACAACAUCGCAAUGUCACGUGAUGACUUGGCCGAACGUAUCACGCGCACGCGAUGCUACUGGUCAGACUCGGACACGACUUGCGGGGUUAAACCCGUUAUAACAUUUCAAACUGCGGUCUGGUUUAAAUCACCACCGCAUAACGCGUCGAGGCUGCCGGGAACAGGUGUGUGUGUGUGUGGAGUUGCUGGUCGGUGACUUGGCGUCGACAUUACGGCCGGGCGCUCGAGGGCAGAUCGUCGCGCGGACGCGGCGCAGGAGCGGCUACAUUAUAGUGGUUACCAAAACCGAAUGGCAAACACUUACCUACCAACGCGAUUAUUAUUGUCAUACUAUUAUAUCGCGCCGCGACGAGAAUGCAGAGUGCGCGAGGCGCAUGCGCAUUACCGAGUCGUUUAUCGAGUAUCUCCGUGGCACGACGUUUCGUUAUCGUCGGGAACCGCGGCCAACGGCUCGCGACCACGGCGACUGGGUAAUCGGACAACAGUUGUACGCCAGCGGCCGUCGAUACGCGCGAACGUUUCCCCGUUCCCAGUUGUAUUUUAUUAAUAGACUCGAAGACGAGUGUCUGAAUAUCGUAGGUACGUCGCCGAUCGUUUUUCAACACUCCUGUCGGUCUAUAUUCGCGUUAUCCGGGGUGUUAUUUCUACGGGAUAUUAUUACGACCCCGUCGGCAAUACAAUUAUUUCAAUAGGCACUUGCGCGUGUAAAUAACAAUAUUACACGAUCGUCGGCAAACGUGUCCGGAAUUCUCCGUUACACACUUUUAUACGCCAAUCGCCCGUAGCACGCUUCGAUUCGUAAGAAUUUUCUCUGUAGACCGUCACCGCGAUUGCAAACCUAUAAAAUAACAAACUACUCGCACCCAUCGCAAUAGGCGUUUAGUCCGAACGUCGCCGUUUUCGUCUUUGGAUCAUACGUGAGUAUAUAUUGUAAUAUUCCGCAGAUAUUGUAUUAUUUUUGACGCACGCAUAUUGAUAUUGUUGUGCGCCUAAUGGUCAUUAGCCGACUAUUACCACCACGGCUAUGUUGUACAACAACGUUUAUAAAUUGUAUCGAUUAAAAUUAAAUUUUAAUGUUUUUCCCUUGAAAAUGUCUAGUCAACAUGUCGAUAAAAUAAUCGUUACUUCAAAAUCCUGUCACCAUAGAUAAGGAUUUACGCACUCAAAUUACGAUUGGUCAAUAGGUCAAUCCAUAUUGCAAUUGUCCGUACGUUCGUUUUAAGCGUACUCCAGUGUUCGUGUGUCAAUAGUUUUCAGAACAGUUUUUAUCACUAUCCUACACGGCUUCACCUCGCCCCCCCCCCGUACAGGUACUCUUUAAUAACAAUAUUGUACCUAGCCAUAAUACCUGCCUGUAUAUAUAUAUAGAUGAUAUAAUCUAUCGAUAGAUAUAUUUUUAUAUUAUGUUACGCGUACCCACACACUCGCGUACACGCUUUAAUACCUAUUUAAUGGAACCUAAUAUAGGUAUGUUAGAUUAUAAAUCUGAUGAGUAGGUGUUACCAGUGUAUGGUUAUCUCUUCGUGCGGUUUAUGCUUCGUAAAUAACUUCAUAUACCUAAUGUCGUCUUAAUUCAUGGUCCUUAUUAUGCACUUUACCCACGCGUUAUUGCUAUAUGAAAUAAAUCCAAAUAAAUAUGUAGAUAUUUAAAUGUCGGCACUAAGAAAAAGUGCAUUGGCGAAGAAAAUAUGAUGAUACACACGGGGGCGCGUAGAGGGUGAUACCGUACAGAUUAGGACCAGAUUACUGUCCAAUUCCGUCGAUUUUCGUGGGAUAAAUCCCAUGAAUAAUCGAAUGUCUAUUUUGUAUUUUCAUCGUAUACCUAUGAUGUUUAUAGUGCGCGGAUGUUUUUUCAAUAGUGAAAAAAAAUUUGUUUAUUAAACCGGAGUUAGUUAUUAUAAAUCCUUGUCAUAAGUCUGCUGUGUUUCGAAAUACCUACGUAGUUACCUGGUAUAGUUUACCGAUAGUGUACCUGUGUAAAUGAUCAAAUUUCGAAAAAAUAAAUACAUUUGAAAUUCGACCUUAAUAACAGUUUUAUCUGAGAUUUUCAAUAUUGAAUUACGUACCGAUUAUACUGUACAGGGGUAACCGACUUAUUUAGACCUUGGCCGUCACGGUUUAUCGAUUUAGCAUAGGGGAGCGUAUUUUUCGUAGUAGGGAGGUCAUUCCGUCAAAAAAACAUUUCAGAUUUCGAGGUCGUAUUCGUGUUUAACGUAAACAUAAACACAGACGACCUUCCAGGUGUUUAUUAAAGUUUACGAAUUAUCUUAAACAUAAUAAAAAAAAACCAAAAAUAAAACAAUUAUACAUCAAAAAAAAAAAAAUAAUAAUAAUAAAAAUAAUAACAAUAAUAAUAAUAAUAAACGUGUUCUGAAAUAGCCGUAUGGGGCCGAGUUGUAUUAAAACUUCAAAGAUCUUCGGAAUAUUGUUUUUGGUCUAGUCGGUCAUGCAUAGUUGGUAUAAACACUAAUAAUAUCUCAUUACAGUAUACCUAAAUAGGCGGUAGUGCGUCUCAUCACAAAUACCAUGCGAUUUAAAACAAUAUUUCGUCAUGCACUUUCUAAAACAACUCGCCUGUAGCAGUAUGAUUGUUUAGAUUUUCUGGACAAGAUUUACGUUAAUUCCUUCAGAAGAGUAGCCUACCUAAUCCGUCAGAUACAAUGUAUCACACUUUAUGGCAUCCUAACUCCGAAGUCGUGACAUUUACGAGCAGAAACCCCUGCAAAUACCCGUACCUAUACACACGUGUGCCUACCCUUUACGACAAAGUCAAACAAAAACUUAUUUAAACUGUAAAUCGUGUAUCCACCGUACUGAGCAACGUGUACGCACGUGCGUAAUUAUCGUCAAUUUCAUUAGCAUACCAUAACUUGGUAUAUAACAUUGCCCAAUCAGUCAACGCUGCUGCAGCAGUUUACCGUGGCACUUUUGUCAGAUGUUCGAUUUACAAGACAACGCGCGUAAAUUUGUUUACACGAAAUAAACAAUAAUUUUAGCUUUUAGGUCAUAAUAAUACGACAAUGAGCUAUAUUAUGCGCUCUUAUGCGUGUAUAAUGUCGUAUAGUGACGGCGUUUAAUAAAUGUAUUGCUUCGGUGUCACUCGACGUUAUUUCGUAUAAUAUAAAUAUGUAAAUACUGUACUAUAUAUGGGUACCUCCUACUGUAUUGUGUUAUAGAAUUAAUCGAAUCUCGAACAGAAAACUUUCCGGAAAAUAUUUAAUAAUUUAUUUAUUUAUUAAUUAGUUAAUUCAUUUUUUUAUUCCCGACGAUAUUCUAUAGACCGAGCGUUUAUCCGACACCAAAAUAAUUGUUUCGUGUAAUAUAAUGCGAACACCUAUAACCACAUUCCGCAAAAAUGUACUGUUAUGUCCGCGCAUUGAUGGACCGCAGAAUGUGUAUUAUUGCGUAUUGGUACAUUAGGUUUCUGCCAUAUUACAGUGCCCAAACACAAACACGUGUCGCAUACCAGCUUGUAAUGACAUUUUUUACAUCAAUUCCGCCACGGGGAUACGAAGGUUUUCGUCUAACGACGUGGCUAAUACGGUAUAAUAGUAGGCACUUAACAUAAUUUUAUACCCAAUGUAACAUAAUCUUCAAACAAAUCGCCAGACCAAAGGAAUUCACGCUUAAAAGUCACGGACGGAAAUUGUUCGAUAACCAUGUGGGCAAUUUCGUAAAGUCAUCAACAUACGCGUACUGUAGUUAUACAACCUAAAUAAGGUCAUAAUUCGCGCGCAAUCGGAAGUUUUGUUAAGAAGGUCGAUUAACAUUCAAAAGACACGGUAAAAUGUUAAAAAUUUUUCAUUAUAAUAUAGGAUUAUUAACUAUAUUAUAGUAGGUAUAUUGUACACAUUAUACGUGCUACGCCCACGCAAUAAUACACGUUAUAAUAUUAUUAUGCUCGCCGUAUAAUAGAACAAUUAAUCAUAAAAUUCUCAACAUAAACAAUUUAUAAUUUAUAUUAUGGCCUAAUUUUCUUGCAUGCAAUUAAUUUUUUUCUUAGUGAAAUUACGCCGAUGCAUUCUUUAUCGAAAUAUCCGAGUAAGAUUAGGAAACAAUGAUAGGAAUAAAACUUAUUUGACGAAUGACUUUGGAACUAAAAUACAUUAACACAUCGUCGAUUUGAUGUAUUCGAAGGAACCAUACGCGUCUGUAGACUCACUACUUAUAUACUUGAUAUUGCCAUCGACUUGGAAGAAGGCCAAUUCUGAAGGCCGCAAUUCCCGGAUAUAGGUAUUCGACAGGACAAGACUGAUACCUUUAUUGUAGCGGACAAUAGUUCUCGGAAUCCCCCAGAAAUAUUAUUUUAUUAAAAACUAUAUUAUAUUCUGUUAAUUAAAAAUAAUAGUAGUUGGGUACUUUAACAGGGAAGUUAAAGGAAAACUUUACAAACGGGUUUCGAGGAAAACGAUUAGUAGUUGUAAAAUAUGACACAUUUCAAUGUCCAUUUAUUAAAUAUUGUAAUUAUUUUCCGUCAAAUACCAGUUUAGAAUUUAUUUAUUUUAAUAAAACCAUAAUAAACUAUAUAAAAGAAGCAGGGUUUAUAGAAACAUGUUUUUUUUUUUUAAAAAAAAAACUUUAUUUGAUAGUUUGGAACAGUUUUAAACAAUUUAAAUCGUUUAAAACUUGUUUUAUCUUUACGUGUAAAAACACGUUUUAAACAAGUUUAAAACCAGUUGAAGACAAUGAAUAUUUUUACAAAAAGGCGGCAAGUUGUAAUUAUUUGAAUUUAUAUAAGAUCUGCAAGAUCUUAUAGAAAACAGCUAUAUAGGUAUAUGCAAGAUUAUUAUUGUAACGAUAUUUUUCGUUUUGAAAUAUUAUAGGUAAAAUAUAUGGUGGUAAUAUAAAUGUUUGGAAUAUUAAUGUAUUAUUAUAUCAAGUUAAAAAUAUGGAUUAUUAAAAAUUUGUAUAUUUUAAAUAUGAGAAAAUCGGGUUUUAUAAAAACAGCCGAUUAAAAUAAUGUUCGAAAUGAUUUAAACAAAAUAUUAAAUUUUACAAAAUACAAAAUACAAAAUUUUAAAAAUCUUGGGAUGUUUGGCAUCGCCUAAUGUUUUCAACCCUUGAAUGAAAUUUCUGCAAUAUUAACGAACUAUGGAAAGUAUGCCAAAAAACCUUUUUUUUUUUUUUUUUUUUUUUAUAUGGACAUAUAAUUAAUUAUUAUAAAUUAAUAAUUAGGUAAUAUAUUUGUUUAUUCUAAAAACGACAUCAGGUAUAUUAAAACAUUUAAAACAAUAGAACAUCAAGCAGGUAUCAAUAUCACCUACUAAUAAAACACAAUAUAAAUAAAUCGAAAUAUGUACCAACCUACGUAUUGCAAUUCAUAUUAUAAUACGACAAUUGACAAUGAUAAUAAUUGCAUUAUGGGCGUACAUACACCUAUACAGAAUACAAUAGCUUGACCUUGUUACAUUUGUAAAAAAUAUUUUCAUAAAUUAUAUCCCGGUUAAAAUGUAAUAACAAUCAUAAAAUUUCCAAUCAAAACCAUGUACUUACAGUUGUUAUAAAUUAACACCACCAGCCAUCACCAUCACGCGUCAUUUUCAAGGUUAAUCAGUCUAUACAUAUAUUGCAUAUAUUCAUUCAAUUCGUCAAGUGCAAAUUAUUAAUUGCAAUUUCCAGGUGUACAGUAUGCCAUGUAAAAAAAAAAAAAAAAACGAAAAUGUUUACGGCCUACAAUUACACCUACAAGGAAAUAUUUAGUUGAAAAAAAAAUUAACUUCUAAGAAAAGUAUGAGUAAUAUCUUUAGUAAUUUUAAACACACUCAAAUUGUAAUAUUCUCAAUAGUAACUUUCUCUUACUUGAUUACUUUUUAAUUUUUAUUUUUUUGCAUUCCGAUUUGUUAUACGGAAAGAAAUCAUCUAAACUAUUCACGUUUACUUUUAGCUACAAGGGAAUGUGUUUGUGUAAUCUCUAAUCCCGCGUAAUUGAUUUAUAUUUGUAGACAUUUUAUAAAAACGUUUACAAGGUCAUUAAUAACUAAAAAAAAUUUUAGUUACCUAUAUAAACAAUUAAUAUAGGUACCUAAUAAAAGUAAAACAUUAUUUAUUUUGGAUGAAAACAAUAUUAUAAGUCUGUCCUAAGAAAUUAACGGUUAAACCUUUGUAAUUUUUUCAAUUAUAAGAUAAAUAUAAAAACUUCCAAUAAAAAACAAAAAUGUUAACAUAAUAAACACUCAUGAGUAGCCUUUGCUCCAUCACUAGAAACAAAUUUCCCCCGCCUAUUUUGUAUUAUAGAAAUAAUACAAAAUAUUUAUAAAACAAUAAGUCAAUAAAUAACCGAAUAAUGGACAAUAAGUACUGUGCUAAAACUAUAUUAUAGUUUCCAAAAAAUUAUGAAAUUAGUGUAUAUAAAUAGUAGGAAGGGGUAGUUAAAAGUUUCAUCUGGGGAGGUCUGUAGGAUUAUUGAAAGCUAUAAAAACACUCAACUCCCGUGACAUUAUGAAAAUCAUAUUUAAAUUCAACCCAAGUUUUAUCACUCCAAUCUGCCUAUAAAACAACUUGAAUUAUCGAAUUUGAACUAAAUCGGGCCAGAAUAAGUCACUAGAAGUGCCCAAAAGUUGCGGGGCAAAGAUUAAUAUGAAUAUACAAUAAUAUUAUAUUUUAGAUUCCCAGCGUAGCGAGAGAGCUAUUGAUUUUACAAUGCUGUUUAUUUUUGUCUUUAUUUUUUUUCCUUCUCCUAGUCUGGUACUUUAGAGAAGUCAUUUUUUGAUUUUCGACGCCAUUUUUUAAAUAAAAUCAUAAGUAGGAAAACUUACAAUUUUACGAUUUCAUUAUUUUAUAAAAACUACGGACGACGUUUUCUACCAAGAAAAAUAAUUUAAUCGAAGCCUUUUUGAUUUACUUUCUUACUGUAUCAUCGCCAAACUUUUGAGCUUUUAAGAAAUUAUAAGCUUUUAAAAGUUUUUUUGAGGUAAUUCGGUAAUAAAUACACAUUGAGACUUGAAACUUAGUAAUUAAUACUUAUAUUAGACACACCUAGACGUGGUAAAAUUUCCAAAAUCAUAGGACGACUUUUUUUUUUAAUAGGCGUUUUAAAAUCAAAUUUAAAUGAAAAUCGCAAAAAAAGAAAAUAUGACGACACUUAAAUUUAUGUAUCACCGAACUGCGCUCAGAAUCGUCUUUCGUCAAGCAAUGGUUUAUCAAUAGUGAUAUUCCUCAUGAAUAGUCCUACUCUGUUAUCAUAAAAACUUUAAAGGCUAAUAAACUGAUUGUUCGUCAGUACUUAUUCAAUAAAUUGUAUACAUUCAAAUUUUUAGGAAAUCAUUCUGUGCCGAAUACUGUAAUUAAAGUUGCUAAAAUUGUAUGAACUUAAAAAAGUACCUAUAUUUUUUUUUUUGUAAAAAUGUAAUUAGUAUUAUUUAUAAUUUGGUACAUAUUCCAAUUAAAAUUUAAAGAAAACAUUUUCUCAUUCAAUUCUUAUUUCGAAAUAACAUGACCAAUUGAAAUUUUAAUCAAAAAACAGUAUCUAUUGAAAUUGUAAGUUGUGAUUAAUAAUAUUUAUAUAAUUAGGAUUUGUGUAUUAUUUUUAUUUAUACAAUAUUUAUUUAUUUAUUCAACCAAAUCAAUUAAAAUGUAUUAAUUAUAUUGAAUUACAUUAUAAUUAUAUAUUUUUAGUAAAAAUUAAUUUAAAAAAUAUUGAAUAAUUAGAAAUAUUUCUAUACAGCUUUAAAAUAUAUUGUAAAUAUUAAGUAAGUAGACUUACUUAUUGUUUCAUGGUUUAUAGAUCAAACAAAAACAUAGCACUUAACUAAACGAGCAGUGAUCUAUUGUCACAUUGUCAUAUUAUGAAGGUCGUAGAGACCAGUUUAUCAGGAUUGUCAUGCUUCCUGAAGUAAAUGGUUGAAAUAUGCAUUAUAUAUAUCCUGUUCUCCUAAAAAAAUGUGCGUAAAAUUACUCAUGUCGUCUGUGUUACAAAUAUAUUCAUAUGUAAAAAAAACACAUGUAUUAUUAUGUAACUUCAAGGCAGUCAAGAAAGAUAUUAGUUAUAAUAAUACUUGUCUGGUAUAUUGAAAAAACAAAUUCCUGAAACGAUAAUUUACGAUUUAUUUUAUUAUUUGUCUUCCUUAAUUUAUAAAAAGUUACAACAAUUAAUUAAUAAAAUAAUAAAGUAAUAACAAAAUUAUUAAAAUGGUUAACACUCGUAAAUAAAUAAAGUAAAUAAAUAUACUUAAGUAAAAAAUGUAUAUAUAAAAAUAAAAUGAAUAAAUGCGUCGCCUGGAAUAUUAUGAUGAGUGUAGUAUACUACUGGUUUGGAAUUUAAAAAAAAAAAUACAUUAUUCAAAUUAGUCGUUUUACUUAGAAUAUAGAAAUAAUUUAUUUUAAUAGGAGAGAUUAUUUAAAAUUAGUUAUUAUUAGGCACAGAUAUGUUAAAGAAUUUUAAUUUUUGGUAGUUUUUUGCUAUAAUUCGGUUAUAAAUAUACGUAGAGACUUGAAAUUUGGUAUAAUACUUAUAAUGGACUUACCCAGACGUGGUUAAAUUUCUAAAAUCAUCGAACGACUUUUUUUCUUUUAUUUUUAAUAGACGUUUUGAAAUCAAAUUUAAACAAAAAUCGUAAAAAAAAAUGACUGCACUUCAAAUUAUGUAUUACCGAACUUCGCUUGAAAUCAUCUUUCGUCAAGCAAUGGUUUAUCGUUGCUUACAGAUAUAAAUGAAAUAACCUUAUGUAUCCUACCUUUCCAACUUCUCACCUACAACAGUGGCCGCUCCCAGUAUUAGCUGUUUUUAAAAUCGGCUUUUAACAUUUAAAAUAUCAUUAAAAUUAUUUUUCUUCAUUUCAUUGUGUAUGUGUAAUUCUUCUUAAACCGAAUUGAUGUAAAUGUUAUUUUGGGUAUUUAAUAUUUUUAAGUCUGUAUUAAUAUCAAAACUUUUAUUAUGUUUUAGAAAAUUGUCAUAAUAUAUGAGCAGAAAAUUUAGUUAACUGCUUUAACAAAAUAAAUAAAAACAUUCAAUUUACACUCGAAAUACAAAUGAAUAAUUAAUUAAAUUUCUUAGAUUUUAUAGUUUCCAUAAUAAACAAUAAAUUUAAUUUUAGUAUUUACAGAAAACCUACACACACUGAUGCUAUAAUACCACAUGAUUCUAAUCACCCUUAUUAUCAAAAAAUAUAAUUUUUAAUUCAAUAUUCUAUAGGCUUGAACGUAUUCUAUUAAAUAAACAUAAUUAUCAACACAAUAUUAUCUAUAAUAUAACCCAUGGAAAUAAUUUCAGUUUAAAUACUAUUAAAAAAAUGCAUAAACAUAUUAAAAAAAAAAAUAAUAAUAAUAAUGAUGGACCAAAUAAUUUACUAAAGUAGUACUAACUAGGCUUAAUAUUUCACUGAACUGAGCCGGGUUAGUCUGGCCUUUAAAAUUUAGCUCUAUGCAGGGCUCUAGUAUAAAGGAUAUAAACAGUUUUUAUUGAGCUAUUUUUUUUUUAUUACUCGUCAUAACUAUAUACAAUGUACAUACUUGCAUAUAAUAUUAUGUAUACUCGUACAUCAUAACCUUAAGAAAUUUCAAUAUUUAACAACUAAUAACAAUUUAACUAUUUAAUUUAUUUUAAUUUGUUUCAUAGAAAAUCAUAACAAGAUGUCAUCAACCUCUAUCCAGUCCAUGAACAACCAAAACUUGAGGAGUAUCAAUGAUCAAAGGUUUGAUAACAUUGAUCUAGUCAGCGAUAUUGAGCAGGCAGUUACUCUCGAGGAGCUCAAAGGAGUUUUCAAAUAUUGUUUUCGGUAUGCACUUUAUAACUGCACCAUAUACAAUUAGUAUUUUAUUUUAAAAAAUGAAUAGAAUACUAAUACAGUGGAUUCCGGUUAAUUUGGGUACAUUUGGACCAGUUACAUUUUCCACAAAAAGGAUUGCAUAUUUUAAUCGAAAUGAGUAUUGUUAUACAUUUGAAUCGGGACCAGUUAUUAUGCCCAUAUAAGUCCACAUUGGACCCACAGGUGGCCACAUUAAGAUUUCACUGUUUAUAAAUAUGUUUAGAUAACUAAGACACAAUUUUAAAGUAUUUAAAAGAAUCCAGUCAGCAUUAAAAGCUUAUAAUUUAAUAAUUACUAUAAAAUUAAUUAAAUGUUCAAAUUUUAAUUCAAAUAGUUUUAAUGUUUUCAAAAUAUUUAUUUACUAAAUACUAUUAAACUAAUCUAGUUAAUUUGUUUGUUAUCUGGUAAUAAAUAACUAAAAGACUAUACUAAAGAGAUUUGUAAACAAAAUCUAAAUGUUACAAUGAACAAAAAAUAUAUAAUACAUGUGCUGUUCUUAUCUUCAGGAAUAAUGAGUAAUUGAAACUGUUUGUAGCAACAUAAUAAUAUUAAGUAUUGAAAAUUCUUGUUACAUGAUGUAAAUAAAUGAUUCAAUAAUCAUUUAUUUGAAUAAUCAUUAUUUUAAUUGUUUAGUUGUGGAGUUAACUGGGAGCAAGACCACGUGUCGCUGGACUGUUUAGAAUGCGGGGGAUAUUCUCUUGAAAGACCUUGUCCUAUUUGUGUAGGACACUGUCGUAAUACUUGGAAACGUGAUCUUGAAGAAGUAAGUUUUUAAAAAUACUUCCUAUGCAAUUUACUUACAUACUAAUUUAAUGCAUGUUAUUUAAUUUUAAUUUUAUAGUCUCAUAGAAGUGGCGAAGCUAGCUGGAUCGGAGAAUGUUCCUCAAAGUAUAAAGAAAUGGGAUGUGAUGUUAAUCAAAUAUGUAAUAGGCUCGAAAAAGUCAAAGCCACCUUCUGAACUCUUACAAACAAAAUAUAACUUAAGCAUUACUGAGUAUUAUUAAGAACUUGGUAAAAAUAUAUAGUUUUUAAACUAAUUUUAAUUUUGUUUGCUAGAAUAUCGCAUAAUUACUCUGUGGUGAAUAUGCAUCUCUUUUUGAAAUAAUACAAAUUCUCAACAAUAAUUUGUCUAUGUAAAUAACAAUGUAAUAGUUUGCUAUUUAUUUUCUAUGAAAAUUGUAUAACGAAGCAGUGUAAAUUAUUUCACCUUUUAUGAUUUAUAAUGGAAAGGUUGGAUUAAAAUCCUUCAAUAAAUAUUUAAAUAUUUAUUUUAAUAAAUGUUUUACUGUAC